AUGUCUUCUCCGACGUCAACCGUCGAGAAGGGUAUCCGUAGGAGGUUACCACCGCCUCUCAAUCGGAUGGGACUAUUCGAACCAUAUAUUAAAGAUGGAAAGAAGAUUACGGAAAUUGUGAGAUUGAACCCAGUCGAAGUCUUCCUCGCCGGCUUCAUCCCACCAAUGUUUGGAUCUGUUUCUGCAAUUGCUAUCGCCUUGAUUUUCCAUAAUGAUGAAAUCAGUAAUUAUAAUUGGCAGUGUGGGCGUGCCCGUCUCCCAUCCCUCUCCAGAAUCAUCAAUCUCCCAGUGGAACGUACCUUCUGGCAACUGUUUCUUCUCUUCCAUGUGCCUAUUCGAGUGGUCGAACUUAUUACUGGAUUCUCCCGAUACAAACGAAUGAGAAAUGUGAACUACAAACGUGUCUGGUUGUAUGAGCUGAGUCGAUACUUGUAUUUCGUAGUUGGUCUUCUGGAAUUGAUAUUCUUAUCUGGACUAUCGAUUAUUGGAGAAAGAGAGAAUAUCCAAGUGCACGUCAUCUUCUUCUACGUCUUCGGAAUAUGUGGAAUCGUUCAUAUGAUCGCCAAUAUAUUCUGUCAUGCUCACUCGUUGUACUAUCUGAAUCCAUAUGGUCGUCUAUCCUACUAUCUGAAGAUUCUAUUCACUUCACUCUACGUCCUCUCCACUCCAAUUCUUGUCGCUUCAUUCCUUCUCUACUGGAGGAAAUGCAUCACUUGGGCAUACGAUGUGUUCGCCCUGUGUGAGUACAGUGGAGUGUUCCUGAAUAUUUGUUUCCAUGGAUGUGCAUUCUUUGAUAUUCGAUACAAAGUCACUUUCAGUGUCCGAAAAAUCGAAGACGCCAUUCAAAACGAGCCAACGAAACAGCAGCAAGUCGAGGCGAUCCCGGAGAAACACUAA